GAAGGAAGGUGAGGGGAUGGUCGCACGCUGACGCCGAUGCUGCUUGGUAUUGCGGGGAGAGGAUCGGACGAGGAGGGACGGAGGGAGGGUGAGAUGAGAUGAGACAAUCAGGAGGGGAUCUGGUCUGCACCAAUUGUUUGCCCGUGGGGGUCCAAGGCAGUGUCGCGGAAGCGGAGGUGUUGUCAAAGCCCCAAGCGAAUCGGGGCUUGGCGGGGGCGCGUGUGUGCCGAGCGGCAAGCGGCCUCGGCACACUGACUGACAGGGGGGGAAGGACACGCUCGGCUCCGCACCACCUCGCUCAGGGUUGGCAGAGGAGAGACACCAGCUUGGAGGACCAGUCAGAUCGUAGGCUGAGUUCGCAAGAUCAUGGGUCGAAUGACUGCAGCAGGCUUCCUCUAUACCGUCGGGUGCCUUUCCGACACCUCACAACAGGCAGUAGGCCUUGCAGGGUCGAUGGCUUGUUGUAUCCGCCUAUCCUCCACGAAGCGGCUGCAACGUGGCAGACAGCAGUACACAUCUCUGUCAUUGUCAGUGUUGACGAGCUUCGUUGUGGCCUCGAUUCUGACCUCUCAAUCGACUUGCUUACUUGAGACCCUCUGAGCCUUGGGUGUUGCUUCCUUGGUCUUACCCACGCCUUGGAUGCGGGGCUCGGCGACUAAUUGCGCCAGGGGCCCGAAGUGCUCAGUCAAUCGCGUCUCGGAAGAGGACGUGCGCUGCGAUUUUUUGGAGCCGAGUUUCCACGAAGGGGCGCCAGACGCUUCCACGGUGGUGACUACUUGUGCCGCCUGCUCCAGUCCUUACUCCACCCUACUCUAUUCUACAAGACCUCAACACCAAGCACACAAGUCGCCCUUCCUCACCACUCCUUCACGGCC